AGAAGAGUUGCUGCUGGUGCUGCUCUGUCUCUCUCCUCCACCUCGACCACUCCACUCAACCGCGCAGCCAGUCCCAUCUAGUAGAUCGAUAGCCAUGCCAGCGUUCCGUGAUCAGCUGAUAGGGCUCGAUCUUGCUUGUUAGCUGCUUGCAGCGGUAGAUUUCGUCCCUUUGAUUUUAUCAUGGAGCCUACUCGUACUCGUCCGGUUCUGAGGCGAUAUCCGCGUGGUGCUACUCCUACAGAGCCCGAAUCCUUUUAAUGUCUAGUCUUUCGCGUCUCUGCUGCUAAUUCCUUUGUCCUUCGACCCCGUCAAGCUUAUGUGCUUUUUUCAGAUUCACUGUUGAUUUAGCUGCUUUAAACGAUCACCGUCCGAUUGGAAACAAUCCGUCUCCUCUCUUUCCUUACCAGAAAUUUCUCCAUCGCCAGCGCCUUCAGUUAGAUGCUAUCGCCGAUCGAGAUUCUAGGUGUUUCUACUGGCCCUAGCCUGUCGUUCUUAGACUUCCCUAGCGGUUCCGCCGUCCCUAGUCAAUCCUAGCCGUCCCCAGUCGAUCUCAGCCGUUCCUAGUGGAUUCCAGCCGUAGAUCCAGACAGACUUCUAGCCAUGGGAUCUGCGUACAACCCUUCCCACUAUUACUCACAGCAGCAGCAGCAGCAGCAGCAGCAGCAACAGCAGCCGCAGCAGCCCUCAGGUGGACCUCAGGCCAGCACGCGCAGUUCCUUAACGGCAUCUUGGAGCAGCGAGGUCCCGGGGCUUUGCCUUAUAACGAGGGCGACAAGUGGCUCAUUCGCGAGCAGCUCGCGUUCACUAUUCAGACCUUCUCGGGCCUGCAGGUCCGUCCCGCCACGUUUACGCACAACGACGGGCGGCAGGUGCAGCUGCUACAGCUGGAGGGCACCAUACCCAUGUGGUACAAGGAGAUAAAGUACAACAUCCCCGUCACCAUGUGGCUGCUAGAGCAGUUUCCGCGCGCCGCUCCCCUCGUUUAUGUCACGCCCACGCGGGAUAUGAUCAUCCGGCCUAAUCACUCGCACGUGAACGCCUCGGGGCUGGUCGACGUGCCGUUUCUCCGCGAGUGGGUGUACCAGCGCUCGACCUUAGUCGAUCUGCUACAGGUCCUGUCGGUUAUGUUUGGCCAAGAACCGCCGCUCUACUCCCGCUCGCCCGCGCAAUCCGCCGCCGCGGCGCAAGCGCGGCCACCAGGUGCGCGAGCCGGCGGCGCUGGCGGAGCAGGGGGGGGAGGCGCGGGGGAAGUCCGCGCACAGCAGCAGCAGCAGCAACAGCACCCCCAACACCAGCAGCAGCAGCAGCAGAUGUCGCCUCCUCCGCAGGCAUUCUCUGGCGGUGUUGCACCCCCGCCCUUAUCCCCGUCCUCGGCGUUCCAGGGCACAAACCCCAUGCACAUGCACGGCCCACCUUCGUCGGGUUCAGACAGGGGCCGUAUUGCGGCGACAGGAUCAGGCGGCAGAGAGAGAGCAAUCAGCAGCAGCGGCAGUGGCCCUGUCACGGGUGCAGCUGGAGCGGCAGGAGCGGCAGGUGGAGCGUCGACAGCAGGGGGCGCAGGGGCCGCGGGAGGUGUAGCAGGAAGAAGCGCGUCCGGCCAGGGAACAGGAGCAGCAGGGGCAGCGGCAGCAGGAGCGAGAGGGGAGACCGGGCAGGCCAAGGGCGAGGAGGCGAAGGUUGUGUUUAAGAAGGCGGCGAUAGCGUCGCUGUCGCUGCAGCUGAACGCGGACGUGGGCGAGAGCUGGCAGGCGGCAAACCGGGUGAUGGAGGAGCAGCUGGGGCUGCAGCAGAUGCUGGCCGCGCGCAAGGAGCAGGCCAGCGCCGUGGUCAGGGAGCUCGCAAGGGAAAAACAGGCGCUGGAAGAGGCGCUGCAGGUCCAGCAAACCAAUGCCGACGUGAUCGAGUCAUGGCUAGCCCAAAACGCCGCACCUCCUGCCACCACCACCUCCACAACCACCACCACAAGAUUAACCGCCAUCACCAUUAGCAGCAGCACAACCACCUCCUCCUCUCCCCCACUCCCCGACAUCGAUUCAGCAUUCCAGCCGUGUGACGCUCUCUCUGCACAGCUCCUAAAGCACACAGCAGCAGACCUCGCCAUAGAAGACGUUCUCUACUCCCUAGACCGCGCUCUCCAAGAGGAGCGGGGUCACGAUGAGUACGAUCCCUCCUCUGCCAACUCCCGCCGCCGAAUCCUGACCGUCGAUGCGUAUCUACGGCACGUGAGGACCCUGGCAAAGGAGCAGUUUUUCCAGCGGGCGACGGCGUUGAAAGUGCAGGCGGUGCAGCGCAGUGCGAGGGUGAGUCAGAUGGCGGAGCGACCUGUGUCGGGCCAUGCGCUUUCUUCCGCUGCUGCUGCGGCUUCUUCUGCUGCUGCGGCUGUUGGGCUGGGGGGUGGGGGUGGUGGCAGCAGGGGGCUGUGAGAGGGAGGAGGGAAGGUGGCUGGGGCGGGGUGUGUUGUGCGGCUCGUGUUUCUGCUGCUGGUGCCGUUGGUGGUGCUGUGGUGGUGCUGUUUGUGUUGCUGCUCUUGCUACAACACUGGUUAGAAGUGUGAAGUGAAGUGGAGUAUGGUAGAAGCACCAAAUCAUGGUAUGGGUGGUAGGGAUAGGUUGUUUGGUUGUCUGGUUACUACAUAACUUGUUAGUAUGUUGCAUGGUGGGAGAUUGGGUUCUGGUUAUGGGCCAGGUUGUUAGAUUGUCUUUUCAUUGUCGCAUUACAUGGGAUGUUGUUCAGGCUAGUCACUACCAUAAUGCUCCAUCAAAUAAUAACAGUGUCAGAACAGA